AUUAAAUGAAUAUUUAUUGCAGUUUUUCAGAUGCCAUAUAUUUUGGCAACUCAGUAUAUAAAUUAAAAAAUUUGCAUUUGAACAAAUUACCAUUAAAAAAAAUGAAUGGUGAGAAUAUCCCAGAUUCGUGGGACCAAGAGGUCGCCAACAAUCUGGCAUCCCUGAAUGUCAAUGCAAGACCAUUUGUGCCUAAUGUUGGUGCUGCUGAGUUCAUACCGUCCUUCUUGAAGUCACCACAACCAGCCGUGCCUUCUGCUCAGCCUACUAAACCAAUGACACAGCAGGAAGAUCUGCCUUCUCAAGGAGCUGUCGGAGGGGAACAAUUAGCACAAAAUAUUGAACCAUCGUCUGUUGGUGAUACACCAUCAAUGAAUGAAGAAGCUCCACUUCCAGAGGCAGAUUAUGUUCCAAAUGCUAAGCCUGCUGCUGAAAAUUGGGAAGACACUGCUCAAAAUGAAGAGGUCAAAGUUGAAGACGAAAACGAGGAAGUUGAACUGAAAGAAGAGGAAGAAGAUAUAGUAGAAGUGAAAAAACCACGCCCUGCUUCUGAAACUGAAGUUAAGAAAGAUCAUUUGAACGUUGUAUUUAUCGGCCAUGUUGAUGCUGGAAAGUCAACUAUUGGUGGCCAAAUUAUGUAUUUAACAGGAAUGGUAGACAAAAGAACACUUGAAAAAUAUGAACGUGAAGCAAAAGAGAAGAAUCGUGAGACGUGGUACUUAUCCUGGGUUGUUGAUACCAACCAAGAAGAACGAGAUAAAGGAAAGACUGUAGAGGUUGGACGAGCAUAUUUUGAAACUGAAAACAAACAUUUCACAAUACUAGAUGCCCCUGGCCAUAGAAGCUUCGUCCCUAACAUGAUUGGCGGAGCUUCUCAAGCAGAUGUUGCUGUUCUUGUCAUCUCGGCCAGAAGAGGAGAAUUUGAGACCGGUUUUGAAAGAGGUGGACAGACGAGGGAACACGCUAUGCUUGCAAAAACUGCUGGAGUUAAAUAUUUGAUUGUGCUCAUCAAUAAAAUGGACGAUUCUACUGUUCGUUGGAGUAUAGAUAGGUACAAUGAAUGCAAAGAGGGAUUGACUCCAUUUUUGAAGAAAAUUGGGUUCAAUCCCAAGACUGUACAUUAUAUGCCAUGUUCUGGUCUGACAGGUGCCAACCUACUUACAUCAGAUGGCAAUCACAAAGAAUGGUACAAUGGCCUUCCUCUUAUUCCAUAUCUCGAUCAGUUGCCUACAAUGCACAGAUCAGGCAAAGGUCCGAUUCGUCUACCGAUUGUCGACAAGUAUAAAGACAUGGGAACAAUCGUACUUGGUAAACUAGAAUCUGGCACCUUGACAAAAGGAAUGCAUGUCAUAAUGCAACCAAACAAGCGAAGGGUGAAAGUUUUGAAUAUUUUAUCGGAUGACGUUGAAACAGACGAAGCAAUGGCUGGUGAGAAUUGCAAGUUGAGACUUGACAACGUAGAUGAUGAUGAAGUUUCGAAGGGAUUUGUUCUAUGUUCACCAGACAAUCUAUGUUCAACUGGAUGUUUAUUUGAUGCUCAGAUUGCUAUUAUUGAAUAUAAAUCUAUUAUUUGUGCAGGAUAUAGUGCUAUACUACAUAUUCAUACGUGCAUUGAAGAAGUAGAAAUUAAACUGCUGAUUUGUUUAUUGGACAGAAAAACUGGGGAAAAAGUGAAAGGAAGGCCUAAAUUUGUUAAACAGGAUCAAACUGUCAUCGCACGCUUACAAACAUCAGGAGCCAUAUGCAUUGAAAGUUUCAAGAACUUCCCUCAAAUGGGUCGUUUUACUCUGCGUGAUGAAGGGAAAACCAUCGCCAUUGGCAAGGUCCUCAAAGUGCUCGAAUGACGGUCGAGGCACACCACGCAUCAACGUGGAUCGAGGAAUUGCGCCGAUCGAGGGACUAGACAAGGAAUGCCGGACUCGGCGUACGAGCGAUCCAAAAUAAAUGACUGAUUUUACGACCUUGUGACAACCCGACUCAAAUUAAUAUUUAGUUUGCCAUUCAUCCUCAUUAUAGGCUGUAACAUGUAACAGGCUGAGACUCGGAGGCUACUUAUUUGUUGCAAGUUCAAAUCUGACUAUCUUUGAAGAUGUUUGAAAUGCGGAGUAGCAAGUGUUUUUUGAUAUCAAUUUGAAGGCGAAUUUUUAAAAUUUAAUUACAACCCUCUCUCAUUUUGAUAUUGUACGGCCUUGUGUUCCAGCCUUUUUGAGUCAACCUGUCCUAUUUGUAUGACAGAGACUGGUUCUAAUAAUAGAUAAUUGUGCCUCUUGUUUGGAUGAAUGAUAUAUUAAUCGUUUCUUUCAGCUUUAUCUUUACUCAUAUUGAGGAACUUUAAUGAUGAGUUCAAUGAUUUAGUAAAUAAGAAUGCCAUGAAAGGCUCAGAAACUUCAUUUGAAAAUUUAAUGUGCCAUGACUUUUUUAGUUUUUUUGCAGUAAAAUUGGUUUACUGGAUUUAUUUAUUUGGAAUUUGGUGUGGAUAGUUUGUUUUUACCGAGUAUUGUCUUAUGGUCAGUACGAUAUGGUUUUCCAGAGUCCGUAUUUGACCAAUUAUUAAUAUCAUGCUUAUUGUGGUGGCAGCAAUUUUUUCUGAAAUUUUCCGACUGCUUUUUAAAAAAAAGUGUGCCUAAAAUGUUGUAUCUUCGAUAAUAUUUUCGUAGUUGGAUAUUUGUGAGUUCUGCUCUGUACAUGGCAAAUUGCACCAUGAAAAGUAAUACUAAUCAGUAUUCAAGUUUAUUUUUAAGCUUAUUAAAUUAGGUUAUCUUUCACACAUUAUUGGUCCUUACUAUACUUUUUCGCACCGUGUUAUAUUGGAAUUAUGACAAAAUGUUUACAAAAAUAGUGGAUACCCUUGUUUGAAUACAUUGAAUCACAGUAUAUAUUGUUAUCACAUCUAUUGUUUAGAAAAUACAAAUCAUAGACACCAUAUUGUUUCUUAAAAUUCUACACCAAUAGGAUUUCUCAAAAUUAAGUUUAUUCUGGUGCCUUCUGUUGUUUAGUGCAUUUGUUUGUGACCAAUGACAUACAAUUUCUCUUUUUUUUAGGCUGAAAUUAAGUUUUAUCCUUCUUGUUUACUAGUUUCACAAUCUUGGAGAUUUAUCUGCUCUUUUUUGGUAAACGCUUUCUGUGUUAGGAUAUUUUCAAUACAUCUGUUAUAUCAUGCUUGAUAAAGCAUGGUCUAUGUAUGUAACUUUUGUGUAAGGUCUAGCAUAAUAAAAACCUAAUAUGACUCUAAAUUUAUUUUUUUGCUUUUGGUGGUUAUUUUUUGUUAUGUAAUUUUGAAUUCGAAAAAUUGAAAUUUUGGCUAAUAGGAGGCUGACCUUUUCCAGCUAAUCGACUUUACCUUGCUAAUGGAUAAUUGUAUUCAAAUUCUCUGACCCAAAACUGUUGUUUAUUCUACCGUCCUUUACUGUUGAGCAAUGUACUUCAUGAAAACUUUGUUGUUCUCAUGACAGUGGAAAUAAAAUUCGGAAACCGGA